CAGGAGAAGCAGGAGGAUGGAGAUCGAAAACACUCAGCCCGAUUUCUUCGGAGACAUCGGCUGCUGGUCGGAGAGGACCGAGGUGCACAAGGCGGCCUCUGAGGGUCAGGUGUCCGAGCUGCAGCGCCUCAUCCAGAGCGGAGCCUCGGUCAACAUUGUGGCAGUGGACUCUGUCACGCCGCUGCACGAGGCCUGUCUGUGGGGACACACCCAGUGUGUACGGCUGCUGCUGGACGCUGGAGCGCAGGUGGAUGCGAGGAAUUCAGACGGCGGCACCCCUCUGUGUGACGCCAGUUCAGCUGGAAGUUUGGACUGCGUCAGUCUGUUGCUGGAGCGUGGUGCCAUGGCCAACCCCACUCUCACCUCGCACACGGCCUCCCCUCUCAACGAGGCCUGCGUGGCAGGUAACUCAGACUGUGUGAAGCUCCUGAUUUCUGCGGGUGCUUGUCUGGAGUCGUACGACCUUUACCUCGGGACCCCGCUGCAUGUGGCUUGUGUUAACAAACACACAGACUGUGUUAAACUGCUGCUUAAUGCAGGUGCUAAAGUGAAUGUUACCAGGCUGCACAUAACUCCACUGCACGAAGCUGCUAAAAACAGGCGGGUGGAGAUGAUACAGACUCUGGUGGAGUUCGGGGCCAACAUCUACGCCAGAGACCAGAACGACAGGAAACCAGUGUACUACACCACACCAGGCUCUCCCUCUGCAGCCUACUUAAAGUUUUAUGAGACCAAUCCCAUGAGUCUGCAGGAGCUCUGCAGGUUGGCGGUGAGGAAGACGCUCGGCACCAAAGUUCUGAAGGUCGUGGAUCAGCUGGACAUACCGAAGCUCCUGAUCAGCUACCUCUGCUAUCAGUGA